GUAAAUAGUAUCUAGGUAGAAACGGUUGAAUUCCACUUUCUACCUUCUCUCUUGCCGUACUUCUUACCCCUAUUGUAGAUCUCAGGAACAAAGCUGCGUUAGCAGGAUCCUCAUCAAGAUGGCUCAACAGAGAGGCCAUCUGGGCAACUCCUUCCGCUCCCUCACUAUCGCUAUGAGCAUUUCGUUGGCCGGUCUUCUAUAUGGCCUUGACACUGGCAUCAUAGCCUCCACCAUAGCCCAAGAUAGCUUUACGAAAUACUUCUUUCGCGGCUCCAAGGACAAUUCUAUCAUCAAUGGCGGUAUAAUCUGCGGCUAUUACGCAGGAUGCUGCGUUGGAAGCGCAAUUUCUACAUGGUCCAUGGAUACUAUCUCACGUCGUUGGUCGGUUCUUCUCGGAGCGUUUGUUUCUAUCGUCGGCGCCAUCAUUCAAGCUACGUCUCAGAAUAUACCCAUGAUCAUUGUGGGACGUGCCUUCUCAGGUUUCUCAACGGGAAUGGUGUAUUCUGUGGCCCCGGUCUAUCUCUCGGAGCUCGCGCCGCCAGAAAAUCGAGGUUUUUUGGUUGGUCUAAAAGGUUUAAUGAAUACUGCCGGCUACUUGGUCGCUGGCUGGAUUGGCUAUGCUGGUUCGUUUGCCCAGGGUGAUUUGCAAUGGCGCAUACCUCUCGCUAUGCAAGCUCCGCCAGCAGCCCUACUGGCUCUACUUACAUUCGCCCUGCCAUAUUCGCCACGUUGGUGUAAGCUUAUUCAUUUCUCCCCUGGCGAGCGCCCCCAAUAUGUCCGCUACAAUUCUAUAAGUGUUGGGUUAACAAUUUUCGCAGUGUUGAUGAAAGAGCGAUAUGAAGAUGCUAGAAAAGUCAUGUACUACCUGCAUGAGCACCGCGGGCCCGAAUUCAUCGAACAUGAAUACGCCGAAAUGUCUUCGCAAAUCCGUCUGGAAACUACCCGAAAAUCAAAAUCGCCUUUCGUAACCCUAUUCACAAGACGUUAUAUACUGCGCACACUUCUUGGUUGCCUCAUAGUCAACAUGGCCAAACUGUCUGGAAGCAAUGUCAUUCAAAACUAUCAGUCUAUCAUGUACAAGUCGCUGGGAUUUCAGGGCCGCGAAGUCCUCCUCAUCACUGCACUUUACGGAUUGAUGGGUAUGUUGGGGCAAUUAAUCAGCAUCUUCACGUUGUCAGAUCAUUGGCCGCGUCGCCGGACAGUCAUCUGGGGUGAAGCCGUUAUUAUUUUAACCCUUUCCAUUCUUACGCCACUAUCAAAAGAGUUUCCGGACGAUCACAACCUAUCAGGAAGCCGCGCAGGUGUCGCGUUUAUAUUCCUCUACGCCUUUUUCUGGGCGCUCUUCUUUAACUCUGCCAUCUGGGUUAUCGUGUCCGAAAUCUAUCCAUUGGAACUUCGGGCUACUGGGGUUGGCUUCGCCAUGUUCACCCAAUCUGUGACGGCAAUUUGGUUAAGCUUUGCUGCUAGUAUCGCCUUUGACCGGAUCCAAUGGCGGUUCUAUUUCGUGUUCAUUGCCAUGAACGUUUUCGCCCUCACCGUGUAUUAUAUCUGGCUGCCGGAGACCAACCAGUUGACACUCGAGGAAAUAGCUGCGAAAUUUGGCGACGUGGUAUCAGAGCCGGUGGUAAAGAGCUUAGGAGACGUGGAUGGUGAUGGUGGGCAAGCUGCUCCUAAGGAGAUUGCAAAGUCCGAGUCAAGUGAACAUGUCGAAUUUGCACAUAAAGGGCCGGUUCCAAGCGGGCAAAAGUAAACUUAUGUAUAUGGACUAACCCCUCGAGCUAUCUGCUAUCUCUUACUGUUUUUCCUUUGCUGUAGUGGUCUUCGUUUCUUAGCGAUGGUACUCAAUGGUCGAUAAUUGAUAAG